AGGCCUGUGAGGUGUUCCACUGUUUCCUGUCCUGGCCGGAGCCCUGCUGGAGCGCCAGCCGACACCUGCUCUCCCUCAUCCAACAGGAGCUCAGGGCGCCAGGUAUCUCAUUUCAAAGACUAGUGAGAGAAGAACAGGGCUUGACCACCACCACCAAUCACUCAAACUAUAGGGACACCUCCAUCACCCUGAUCAAACAUGCCUUCCAGACUGUCCUGCGGACCAAGUACCCCCUCCAGAUACUGCAUCAUGCACUGCAGUCAAAAGGAGCAGAGGAUCUGGAGCACCUUGUGACUGCAGUUAGAGGCCAUGGAGACAGCAGCCUCUACAUGGGACCCAGGCACAGCCAGAGUCUACUGCAGAGCCUGAAGGGGCUGGUGGAGAGCAUUGGCAUACCCCCUCCAGACUGCCAUACAGGCCCUGGAAAUGUCCAUACGCUGCCCGUAGCCAAAUAUCACAUGUACUCCUGGGAUAAGGUCAACUUCGACAUUUUAAAUGACCUUCAGAGUGAGCUGGACCAGCUCCCAGUCUUUAACCUUUCCAGAGACAAGGGAGAGGAAGAUGAGGAAACAGGAAGAGACAAAGAACCGAUAAACAGACCACCGGAUCUCCACUGUGUCCACCUGCUCCAAAGACUCUAUGUUCUCCAGCUACUCCCUGUCCUCCAUCUUGUCUGUGCCCUCAAUCCUGUCUGAGUCUUCUGGGGUGGACAGUGACUUCAGCGAGGACUUGGAGACAUGACAGCCAACCAGAGACCAGGAGGAGACCCAAGUCAAAAGUCCACUUCAGCCAGCGUUUCUCCAUGCUCUUCAAGUCCCAACGCAGCUCCUCCCUCUGCCGAAGCACACAGAGCAUGGGCUCCCGUGGUGAUGCCAUUAGAGACGGCCCAUCUGUGGCGCUGUUCAAGCGCUCCAGGUCCGCCUGCCCCGCAGU